UUGGCGCGCCGUUUGCAAGACCAAAACAAACCCACUUGACACGUGUCAAAGUGUUUUCGGAGAACUUUCGGAGAGAGGCAUUAAUGGUGGAAAAGCUGGUGUGUUCACAAAGAAAAGACACUUGGAAUUAUGGACAGUGCAGAAAGUCGACCUUCACGUGGGAAUCCGGCGGUUGAGUGUCAAAAUGCACAUCAAGAAGGAAACAUUGCUAAUGUCCUUGCCACGUUGGAGAGCCUGCAGAGGGAUUUCGAGAGGCAUGCAAUCUCUGACCAGACGUCAGGUGGUGCCCAGAUAGACGGAGAGGCAGCGGGUAAGGCGCCUAAAGAGAAAAAGAAGAGGAAUCGCGUGAAGCCCAAGGCAAAACCGAAACGUUAUGCUGAUAUUUCGGAAAUUUCACUCCCGGACAAUGUAGCACCGCUGGAAAGCAAUUCCAGGAAUGUCAGGAAUCAUGGGUCCCAUGCUCAGACUCCUCUGAAGGAGGAAAACAUAACUAUCUUGCAGCUACUGUCAAUGGAUCCCGAUGAGCGAGAGAAGUAUCUUAUGCGCUUGGCUCUGGAGAGGAAUCUUCUUUCGAUGACUGGAGAAGGAAGUAACAUGACACUGAGGAUUAAUCCUUUGAUUUAUAGAUUCUUGAACAACUUCCAAUUGCUAGACGUGGGGGUGAAUCUGCACAAAAUCCGAGAGAAUUUCAGUCGGAGGGUCAACAAAAGUGUCCAGCAACAGCCGGACAUGAGUCCUCAGCAAAGUUCUCAGCAAAGCGAGAAGAAGGAGAAGAAAGCCAGGAAACCCGCCAUUGAGCUGUCGGAAAUCGAGGAGGCUUACGUGAAGCUCCUCGAGAGGAAGCCUGAAGGCUCUGAGGAUGAGGUCAGCGGGGUGCUGAAGGCUUUCGCCGAGAAGCUGGUGGCGGAGAAGCGCGCUGUGAUGGCAGAUGGAGAGAUUCGCGUGAGCGCUGUGAACUACCACAACGCUUACAUGGCGAAUCCCAGCGGAGGGAGAGAUAUCAUCUUCCGGCAGUAUGCCCUGCGGCGUCACGCUUUUCCUGGCGACCAGGUUCUCGCGCUGGUCUUCAAGAUGAAAGUGGAGAAGCAGGACAGCAAAGCGGACGCAACUCUGGGCGACAAUGAUCUCGACGAAGCCACCGAUGACGACGACGAGGACAAGAAGUCCACGGACUCGGCGGCGAGAGCCGAAGAGGCGCCAAUCAUUGAGGAGCGCGAAGUCGGCGUUGUCAUUGAGAUUCUGGAGAAGCGUCACAAUCGCCUGAUUGUCGGCACAUUUGAUCGUCCUUCGUUGGUCACGAAGCUCCUCACGCCGCGCGACAAUCGUCUUCCGCGCGUCAAGAUCACCAACGAUGGUGUCAUUCGAGGCCUGGCGGCCAACGGCAAGAUGAUGAAGAAGCUCAUCUUCCUCGCGCGCAUCACGCACAGCCGGUCUUCGGAAGUCUGCGGGCAGCUUCUGAAGGUUGUUGGCCAAAUUGGUGAGUUAGAGAGCGAGAAUCGCGCCAUUCUGCUCGCCAACGAUCUCAAUCCAGAGCCUUAUCCGGAGGCCAUUCUCGCCGAGCUGCCGCGCUUCGACGUGCAGCCGAGCGACUUCCAGGGGCGUGAGGAUUUGCGCUCCAGCACGUGCAUUUUCACGAUCGAUCCGCCAACGGCCAGGGAUUUGGACGACGCGAUGUCUUGCGUGCGGAUUGACGACAACACUUUUGAGGUUGGGGUCCAUAUUGCCGAUGUGGCGCAUUACAUCCCAGAAAACUCUCCGCUGGACAUGAUUUUGAGGAAGAAGACGACUAGCAUUUAUCUGGUCAACACCGUCUAUCACAUGCUGCCGCUGCCGAUGUGUCUCAACUGUUCCCUCCUGCCGGGCAAGGAUCGUCUGGCCUUCUCAGUGUUCUGGCGCAUGGACUCGUCCGGGAAGAUUCUGGAUGAGCGCAUCACGAAGUCCAUCAUCAAUUCCUGCACUCAACUCGCCUACGAUCACGCGCAGCUCGUCAUUGACGGUCCGAGGGAGAAGCUGGCGCCGGACAUGUUUCCCGCUGUGGAAAACGAGCACUUCAAGCUGGAAGAUGUGCUGGAGAGUGUGCAGAAUCUCUACCAGCUGUCGAGGAGGUUGAGGGAGAAGAGAUUCGCCGACGGCGCGGUGAAGAUGGAUCAGCCGAAGAUUGGCUUCACGCUGGAUGCGAAGACAGGCGAUCCCGUGAAGUAUCACCGGGAGGUGAUCAGGGAGAGCAAUCAGCUGAUUGAGGAGUUCAUGUUGCUGGCCAACAUGACCGUGGCGAGGUGGAUUCACGAGAAAUUCCCACUCACAGCUGUGCUGCGAUGCCACAACGAGCCGGACAAGCAUCAGUUCGAGAAGCUGACGAAUGAGCUGCGGAACGCCGGCGUGGCUUUCGAUCUCUCGUCCACCACGGGUAUCUCGGCGUCGCUGGAGAAGGCAAUUGCGGAGCGUAAGGACAAAGAGGCCGCCAAGGUUGUGCUCACGUGCAUGCUGACGAAGCCAAUGAUGCGCGCGCGAUACUUCUGCAGCGGCAUGACUGAGAGCGAGGACGAGUUCCGCCACUACUUCCUCUCGAUUCCCAUCUACACGCACUUCACGAGCCCCAUUCGCCGCUAUCCGGACGUCCUGGUGCACAGACUCCUCGCGGCGACGGUGGCUGGCGCCGCGACGCCCCAGCUGAGCUGCGAGGAGCUCCACGGGAUCACAAACACGUGCAAUGCGCAGAAGUACAGCGCCAAGCUGGCCAGCACCGACAGCACCAAUCUCUACUUCUUCAAGUACUUGGAGUCGCUCAAUCGCGUCAUUGACAUGCGCGCCGCCGUGUACAAGCUGGGCCUGAGCUUCGUGGAAGUGAUCCUCAUCGACACCAAUCACCACGUGAAGGUGACUUUCGGGGGCGGAAAGGCGUCUUUCGUGGGCGACAGCAAGCAGACGAUCGAGAUCGUGAAGAAAGGCAAGCACGACAUCACUUCCAAGCUGACACUCAGCGUGUUCAGCGAGUGCAAGAUCGCCGUGACGGCGAGGAAGGGAAAACUGAACGGAAAACUGAUUUGGUUGUGA